AUGGCAAUAGAAGCAAUGCAAGAUCCAAACAGUGUGUACUUCAUAUAUACAUCAGAAAAUCCUUAUGCAGCAGUGGUGUCUGAUAAAUUUGACGGAGAAGGUUAUGCAGAGUGGAAGAGGAGCAUAUUACUAGCUUUUGCAGUCAAGAACAAAGUUCGAUUCAUUGAUGAAUCCUUGCCUAAACCAGCCCUCAAUCAUGCUGAUUACCAAGCUUGGGACGGAUGCAACAGCAUGGUCAUGGCAUACUUAUUAAGAUCUCUAAGUCCUACAAUUGCCAAGAGUGUUGUUUUUCUUCCAACUGCAAGAGAUAUUUGGAAAGAUUUGGAGGAACGUUUUUCAGUUACAUCUGGACCACAGGUUUAUGGUCUGCAACAAAGUUUAAGUGAAAUUUCACAAGGAGAUAGCAGCAUUAUGAUUUCUUUACCAAGAUUAAGAUGA